UUCAUAAUUUUCACUACUAUUUGCGUUUUAAUUCAUUUCCCUACUUGUACGUUUGCCAAUUAUUGAAAACUGUAUGCUGUGCUAGAGUUUGGAUGAUAAAUUCGAUAUCUGGAACAAAAUCUGCACAAAUUUGACUGUAGUUACGAUCUGAUCCCAAAUUACGAUUCCGUACUUCGCCAAACGAUCAGAAAUAGCGAGUGAAAUCGAUGAUACUGUUGCAGUCGCCCUCCAGAUAUCUCCUCCAAAUCUUGUCUACUCGGGUUCGGAAUCUUGAGAAAGGAGUUGAAUUGGAUUGCCAGUGGAUUGAAUUCGAUGAUGUCCGUUACCAUAUUCAGGCUUCUAUGAAGAAUCCAAAUCUCUUAGUGCUAUCAGUAUCAUUACCUACACCACCUCCAGAAACUGUGUUUUUCGGGGGACUUCCUCCUGAAGCAAUAGAAGCCAUAAAGGCAGCAUAUGGAACGGUUGUACAUAUUCUUGAUCCUCCAAAGGAUGGUUUCAAUCUCACAGUGAAACUGAACCUGUCAAAACUUCCUCCAGAUGAAGAGCAUCGACAAGAACUCCUGGGAAAGAUUGCAUCUAUUAGGGAAGUUGUGCAAGGUGCACCACUGAAAUCUGUUCUAAAACAACUUGUCUCAAGGACAGUUAAAUCUGAGUUGAAUAAGCUUAUUUCCCUAGUGCAUCGGCCAAAUGAAUCCUUUUUCGUUGUACCUCAGGCAGACAAGGUGACGGUGGUUUUCCCCAUGAGAUUCAAGGAUUCUGUAGAUAGCAUUCUUGCUACUUCUUUCCUCCAGGAAUUUGUGGACGCAAGGCGAACUGCUGGACUUGGCAAUGCCCCUCAUUGUUUGUGGUCUCCUUCUCCCCCGCAGGAACUGAAAGGAGCUCCUGCUGAAGCAUUAUUGGCAAAUGCUGGAUUUGUGAGUUUUGUCAUUUCCCCGCGUCACGUGGAAGGCAGAAAGCUGGACAGAACAGUUUGGAGUUUAUCAACAUUUCACGCUUAUGUUAGUUACCAUGUCAAGUGUUCAGAAGGUUUCAUGCAUACUCGGAUGAGGCGACGUGUAGAGUCAUUGAUAGAGGCUUUGGAUCGUGCCAAACCAGAUUGGAAGAAGGUGAAGAAAGCUGUGCAAACUAGAUCCUUUAAAAGACUGAGCAUCAAUGAUGGACGUGCAACUUCAAAUUCCAGAAAUUGAGAUUGCAAGAUCCGCGGAAGAGCCACCAUCACAAUCUGUGAAAUUGCAGAAUCUCCGAGAGCCAAAUAGCAGCAAAGACAGCCAUCGCUAGCAAUUCUUUGUCAAUCUUAAUAUCAUUGCUGCUGAUUAUUUCACAUUUCAAGGAUUUUCCUCAACAAUUGCUUCCGAAUUUUUAGUCGCUUCUAUUUACAUUUUGACAAGAUCUCCUAAUGGGAAAUUCCUGCGUCAUUCUCUACUUGAAACAUAGAAAAUUGAAGCAUGUCGUCUGCCUAAGUAUUUUGGUUUUGGACCAGCAGAGUUUAUAUUAAAGCAUGUGCCUGUUUUGUUGUGAAUGAAUACUUGUAAUCUUCAUUCUUCGAGCAAGAAAUUAUUAUUGCAAUGGAAAUGUUAUUUAUUU